AAGCCUUCUCCCGCAGCAUAGCUCGUCACUUCAGCCACCUCUGCAACAACCGGGAAAAGGGAGAAGCUCCGCCUCCAACCCGCGAAAAUGGUGAAAGGUCGCGAAGGAGAGCGCGUCAGACUCUACGUCCGAGGAACUAUCCUAGGGUACAAGAGGUCCAAGGCAAACCAGUACCCCAACACUUCUCUGAUUCAGAUUGAGGGAGUGAAUACCAAGGAAGAGGUAGCAUGGUAUGCGGGAAAGCGCUUGGCUUAUAUCUACAAGGCUAAGGUGAAGAAGGAUGGUUCGCACUAUCGCUGCAUUUGGGGCAAGGUAUCACGGUCUCAUGGAAACAGUGGUGUCGUUAGAGCAAAGUUCACGUCCAACCUCCCUCCCAAGUCCAUGGGAGACAGAGUAAGAGUCUUCAUGUACCCCAGCAAUAUCUAAGGUUUUGAAGAAGCUUGCUUGUCUCAGAAGAAACUGCUGUGUACUUGGGUUCUUCCAUCCAAGUUUAGCUUUGAUUUUUCAUGUGCCUUUCUCUUUUUGUUAGAGACAGUUUUGUUCUGUUUAGCAUGGUGGAUAUACGUUGUACACCAUUUCCAUCAAUUCCAGUUUCAGUAAUUCCCCAAUCAGAUGUUCUUGUUUGAAUGCUCGAGUAAUCAAAUCCUCCUUUGAACUCUGUGUUUCAUUAUUUAUAUGCUAUU